UUUCGCGGGUUCAUUUGCACGUGCGGCCAUUUUGAAUCAGAAGCUUCUGCAACAAAAAUCUUCAGGAUUAUCGGCUGAAUUCCCUCGAAAAAGCCUACAAAAUGGCUUAUAACUACGUAGUCACUGCACAAAAACCUACUGCAGUGAACGCUGCGGUCGUAGGGAAUUUUACGGGUCCAAAUGACUUGAACCUUGUCAUCGCCAAAAACACGAGAAUAGAGAUCCAUCUUGUUACGCCAGAAGGAUUAAGACCGAUGCUGGAUGUAGGAAUAUAUGGAAGGGUCUGCGUUAUGGAGUUGUUUCGUCCUCCUAAUGAGCCUCAAGACUUGCUGUUCAUUCUAACGGCACGGUAUAGAGUCUGUAUCCUUGGAUAUAAACAAGAAACUGGUGAUAUAGUCACACGUGCAUGCGGCGAUAUACAGGACCGAAUAGGCCGACCAUCAGAUACUGGUCUAAUAGCAAUGAUAGAUCCUCAGUGUCGGAUGAUUGGCUUGCGUCUGUAUGAUGGUCUGUUUAAGGUUAUUCCACUAGAGCUGGAUUCCAGUAAAGAACUCAAGGCUUACAAUAUCAGACUGGAGGAGCUACAUGUUAUUGAUAUUCAAUUUCUCCAUGGGUGUGAAGCACCAACAAUAGUGUUCAUAUACCAGGAAACUCAUGGCCGUCAUGUGAAAACUUAUGAAGUAAACUUGAGAGAACAUGAGUUCGUGAAAGGACCCUGGAAGCAGGAUAAUGUUGAAGUUGAAGCAUGUAGGAUUAUUGCGGUCCCUGAACCUCUCUGUGGUGCACUUAUCAUCGGUCAAGAGUCUAUUACGUAUCACAAAGGAUCUAAUUAUUAUGCCAUCGCACCUCCAGCACUCAAGCAAAGUACAAUCAAUUGCUAUGGUAAGAUUGAUGCCAAUGGAUCAAGAUACCUUCUAGGCGACAUGAAUGGACGAUUAUUCAUGUUGCUAUUGGAGAAGCAAGAACUAAUGGAUGGUAACAUUGAGGUCAAAGAUCUGAAACUUGAGCUCUUGGGAGAGACAUCGAUUGCUCAGUGUCUUGUAUAUCUGGACAAUGGAGUAGUGUUCGUAGGGUCUGUUUUAGGAGACUCUCAGCUUGCCAAGUUAAAUACAGAGGUUGAUGCCCGUGGCUCAUACGUCCAAGUUUUAGAAACGUUCACUAAUCUAGGUCCAAUAGUAGAUAUGGUCGUGGUAGACUUAGAACGGCAAGGACAAGGACAGCUCGUAACAUGUUCAGGCGCAAAUAAAGAAGGAUCCCUGCGUAUCAUUCGAAAUGGCAUAGGCAUUCAUGAGCAUGCGACUAUAGACCUGCCAGGAAUUAUGGGUAUCUGGGCAAUAAAACUUGAUAAGACAGAGGAAGACCAUGACGAUACUCUUGUACUUGCUUUUGUUGGAGGAAGCAGAGUCUUGUCCUUGAAUGGUGAAGAAGUAGAAGAAACAGAGAUCUCUGGGUUUGAUGAUAAUCAGCAGACUUAUUUUUGUGGAAAUGUUCGAGACGACCAAAUUAUCCAGAUAACUGCUCACUCGGUAAGACUGGUGAACUGUAAAACAAGACAGCUAGUGAGCGAAUGGAAACAUUGGUCUGGUAAGAAUAUCAGUGUAGCAGCAUGCAAUACUGAGCAAGUAGUGACUGCAGUUGGCAGUGAGCUGUUCUACAUCGAGAUAGGACCAGGAAAACUGGAACAAAUCAGCCAAGUGACUAUGGAACAUGAAGUUGCUUGUCUAGACAUCACACCAACAGUUGAUCAGAAUGCCAAGGCAGAUAUGAUUGGUGUUGGUUUGUGGACAGAUAUUUCUAUAAGAGUACUCAGAAUUCCUGAUUUAGAUUCUCUGUAUGUGGAAAUGUUGGGUGGAGAAAUUAUCCCUCGUUCCAUCUUAAAGACUUCAUUUGAAGGCAUUCAUUACCUGCUGUGUGCUCUUGGGGAUGGUACACUUUUCUACUUCAAUAUGGACCCACAUAAUGGUGUUCUAUCAGAGCGUAAAAAAGUGACCUUGGGCACCCAGCCCACCAUAUUAAGGACCUUCAAGUCCCUGUCAACAGUGAAUGUGUUUGCUUGCUCAGAUAGGCCCACAGUGAUUUACUCCAGUAAUCACAAGCUAGUGUUCUCUAAUGUCAACCUCAAGGAAGUGAAUUACAUGUGUCCAUUAAAUUCAAAAGGUUAUCCAGACAGUCUUGCCCUUGCAAAUGAAGGUGCCUUGACCAUUGGAACUAUUGAUGAAAUCCAAAAACUCCACAUAAGGACAGUACCCUUGGGGGAAUCACCAAGGCGCAUAGCAUAUCAAGAAGCUACACAAUCCUUCGGCAUCGUAUCAGUACGUAUCGAAGUAUAUGAACCAAGCCAGGGCAGGACUGUACCUCUUCACCCUAGUGCUAGCUCGACAACGAAUAAUAUAACCUCAUCUGCCAGCAUCAACAUGUCAGGGACAUCAGAAGGGGCUUCUGGUGCUAGUCAUUCUGCCGUUGAUGGUAUUACGUUUGGGGAUGAGAUCGAAGUUAGCAGUCUACUUAUUGUUGACCAACACACUUUUGAAGUAACACAUGCUCAUCAGCUAAAAGAUAAUGAAUGUGCAACGAGUCUGAUGUCAUGUACACUAUCUGAUGACCCUAACACAUACUACUGCGUGGGAACGGCAUUUGUGUUCCCUGAGGAAGCUGAACCUAAAUCAGGCAGACUACUUCUCUUCCAACUAACAGAAGGCAAGCUUGUACAAGUUGCUGAAAAAGAAGUUAAGGGAGCAGUUUACAGCUUGGUUGAAUUCAACGGCAAGGUCCUUGCUGGAAUCAAUAGCAAUGUGGGGAUAUAUGAGUGGACAGCCGACAAGGAACUAAGACAAGAGUGCUGUUACUAUGACAACAUACUCGUACUCUACCUCAAAACAAAAGGGGACUUUAUUCUGGUUGGUGAUCUAAUGCGUUCAAUGACUCUUCUUGUUUAUCUUCCAAUGGAAGGCUCAUUGCAAGAGAUUGCACAUGACUUCAGUCCCAAGUGGAUGACUGCAGUUGAGAUACUUGAUGAUGACACAUUCCUUGGUGCUGAAAACUCAUUCAACCUAUUUACCUGUCAAAAGAACAGUGGAGCCACAACAGACGAAGAGAGAUUCUACUUACAAGAUGCUGGUCAAUAUCACCUGGGUGAAUUCGUGAAUGUAUUCAGGCAUGGGUCAUUGGUAAUGGAACACCUAGGGGAGUCCUCCACUCCAUUCCAAGGAAGCAUACUGUAUGGCACAGUCAACGGAAGAAUAGGUAUCGUAGGACAGCUGUCUAAAGAUCUCUUCGAGUUUCUCUUACAAGUUCAAAAGAAGUUAACUAAAGUCAUCAAGAGUGUUGGCAAGAUCGAUCAUAGCUUCUGGCGUUCGUUCUCAAAUGAACGCAAAACAGAACCAGCGAAUGGCUUUAUCGAUGGUGAUCUGAUCGAGAGUUUUCUUGACCUUCCUCGAGCUAAGAUGAAGGAGGUAGCCGCUGGACUUCAGACUGACGAUGGCAGUGGAAUGAAAAAAGAAUGCACCGUUGAAGACCUGGUAAAGACGGUCGAGGAACUCACUCGAAUUCACUAGCAUCACGUCCAAGAAUUAUCAUAUCCUUCUAUCACACGAUGGUUAAC